AUGGCACUUGGUGAAUUAUUGAGAUUAUUAUUAAAACUCAGUAUAAUAUCAUCCAAUACAGAAAAUGAAGCAAGGCUCAAUGCAUUAGAAGUAGACACAGAUGGCCACAUAACUGGUUGUCAAUCUGAAAGAGGUGCACAACAACAAGAACAACAACAUGGAGAAGAAGAUCAAGAGCAACACCAGGCUGAAGAUCAAGAACAACAACAAGAACAACAACAACAUGCAGAAGAUCAAGAACAACAACAACAUGUAGGAGAAAAUCAAGAGCAACACCAGGCAGAAGAACGAGAACAACAAGAGCUUAAAGUACACAAUCAAGAACAGCAACCAGGCCGAUCUGUUCCUAAUGAUGAUGACAACAUCAACAUCUUUACCACAUGA